GGCCAGCUAGAAGACUACACCAAGUUACUGCAUCUGUUUUGGCAUGUUUUUUACAGCUGGAUGCCCUUCCUAAUAUGAACCACCCUGAAGAGUGGAUUGAGUACUUUUUACAUGGUAUCAGCAUAAGUGAGGUCCUUUAAUGAAGCAUGUUUGAAUCAAAGACAUUCACGUAUGAUGUUUUACUGGGAAAAGGUGCCACAGCAUGUGUAUACAAAGGAAUAUCGAAAAUUGAUUCCCAAUGUUAUGCACUCAAAGUCUUCAAUUCCAACGGUCCCUAUAUGAGAAAAUCUAUUCAGAAUGAAGUAUCAAUACUGAAGAAAUUAAACCAUGAAAACAUUGUUAGAUUCAUUGAUGUUGAGUUUUUCUCAGAUCGCGCAGUGAUUGUGAUGGAACUUUUAGAGCACGGAACACUUUUAAAUCAAUUACAAAAGCCAAAAAAUAAAUUUGGUUUCUCUGAAAGAAAGUUACUUGGAUUAUUAAAGGAUAUAAAUUCUGGUUUGAAAAUUCUCCGCCAAUUCAAGAUUGUCCAUCGUGAUAUUAAACCAAGCAACAUUUUACGAACUAUUAAUGUCAAUGGAAGGGAAAUAUAUAAGCUUUCAGAUUUUGGUACUGCUAAAAUAAUGGAAGAAGAAACUGAACUUUACUCUAUUGUUGGAACUGAAGAAUAUUUGCAUCCAAAUUUAUUUGGGAGAGCUUUCAUCAAUGAUGAGUCAAAUGGAGUUAAAGAUGCAGAUGCCUGGAGUUUAGGAGUCAUGUUAUAUCACGUUAUAACAGGACACAUUCCUUUCCAAACUCAAGCUGGGUAUCGGAGAAACCGCCAACUCAGGUAUGAAAUGCUUUCUAGAAAACCCAAUUUAGCAAUAUCAGCCAAUGAAACAGAAACUGAUGCUAUUUCCUGGGAGACAGAAUUACCAGAAACAUGCAAACUUUCAAGUAUUAUGAAGAGAAAAUUUGAGAAGAUUAUCAGACAUUUGUUUAUAACAUCCAAUGACAGUGCCAGUAUACAGGAUUACCUUAACAAAAUUGAUAACAUUUUGAAUAAAAGAGAUAUAUCUAUAUUCCAGCCAUCCACUGGAAGAUUGGUCACGUGUUACCUGGAUAAGAAUGCAAAAAUUCCAUAUCUGAAAGACAAAAUUGCGAAAGAAUUCAACAUUAGAUCAGAUGAACAAAUGUUAUUUUUCAAUUUUAUUGAAGUGACUUCUGACUCCACUGCUAUUUCAUAUUUUACAUCCAACAAAAAGAAAAAGCCUUUGCUUCUCAUCGAAAAAUGCCCCGUGUAUAUUGAACUAGACAAUUCAUCAUAUUUAAAGGAAAUUGUACCAAGCAGUAGCACAAUACUUUCUUAUGCAAAAGACGUAUGUUCUAUUCUACACAGAAUUAAGAAAGAGUUUAAAUGCAAUGUCAGAACCUAUGAUCACAUCUAUCAUGCAGUUUGUAUACUGAACUCAUUAACAUUAUCAGAAAUGCUGACCUGUGAAGAACUAAUAAAGAACUUUGAACUUUCAGAAAUUGUAAAGGACAAGGCUCAGAAUAUCCAUAAUUGUGAAAGCCUUUCAUUUGAUACCAAUCCUAAUCAGUUAUACAAAAGCACUAAAGCUCAGUAUAAAGAUGUGAAAGAUCUUAUAGAUAAACUGAAAUCAAAUGAGUUUGACAGUAAAACUCUGAAUCAAAAGAGAAGCACUUUGGAAACCAUGUAUAAAAAUGCUUUACUUCAUUUUGAAAAAAGUUACAAAGACAAAGUAAAGACAAUUGAGAGGUUCAGACAAUGGAAAAAAGAUACACUGAAUAAUCUGAAAAGUAUUCGUGAGUUUAAAGGGUUCAUAUUCAAACAAAUGAAGGAGAAAAUGUCAAGCCAAAAGAUUAACGGAUUUUGAAGAAAAAGAAUGAUGUAUUUACACCAUGUUAUCACUGUCUUGGUGCGAUGGUUUGAUGGCUGCAAGAACAGCUGUCAGUGAAGAAGGAGAUUUGGAGAGUGCGGAGGUCAUUUGUCUCAAAGUGAUAUUUUCUUUUAACUUAUCUUUGACUGCUGAUAUUAAAGUGAAAAAUUGUAAAUCAUUUUUUAUAAAAUAAAUAAUUUAAGUCUUUGUAAAAUAACUGAAAAAGAAACACCAUUCUAAAUUAAAACGUAUUUAUUAACAACUAUAACAAUUUUUGUUAUUUUACUUGUGAAAGGACAUAUUUUGCCAAUAAAACACAGACAGAUUUUUA